AUGAAAAGAACAAAAUAUCAGAAUCAAUCAGAAAAUCAAUAUAUGUUAAUUAAUAACUAUAAAGUAACUAAAAUACUUGGAAAAGGUGCCUAUGGAACUGUGUAUAAGGCUAUCAAAACAGAAAACCAAAAAGACACAAGUAUUAUUGUUGAUAAUAUAGAUAUAGAUGAAAACAGUAAUCAGGCUUCAAAUUAUUUUAACUUUAAUCAUAAUUCAUUCAUGCCUUCUUCUCAAAUAGAGAAAAAAGAAGAAAAUUCAAUUCUUAAUAUACCAAAAUUAUCAUAUUCAAUGAAUUUAAAUAAUUAUUAUUCCAAGAAUAAAAAGUCAAAAAAAUCUUCCCAAACUGAAAAAUAUUAUGCUAUUAAAGCUUUUGACAAAGAUUUAUCUAAAAAAGGUAUUCAUCCAAGUAUACUUAGAGAAAUUGGUAUUCUUAAAGAAUUAUCAAGCCAUCCAUUUAAUGAAUUAUUUAUUAAAUUAGAAGAUGUUAUUCUUGAAAACGAUCGUAUAUAUGCUAUUUAUGAAUAUGGUGGAAUUUCAUUAUUAUCUUUUAUUGAAGAAAAAUGUGUAUCUAUAGAUAAAAAUAAUUAUCAUCCAAUCUUAAAUCUUCAAUUUGGAAUUAAUAUUUUCUUUCAAAUUGUUAAUUCUAUACAAUCCCUACAUAAUCUUGGAAUUGUACAUCGUGAUCUUAAACCUGAAAACAUACUUAUUAAUGAAGAUAAUCUAAAAAUCAAAAUUGCUGACUUCGGACUUGCAAGAUCUAUUCGUAAUCAUUCAUACACUAAUUUUACUAAUGAUGUUGUUACUAUAUAUUACAAAUCACCAGAACUUAUUAUUUAUUCUAAUAUGGAUAAAAAUUAUGAUAAUAAUGAUAUUAAUUACAAUAAUUAUAUACCUGAAUUUUCUCUUCCUUUCUCCAUUGACUCCUGGAGUAUUGGUAUUAUUGCACUUGAACUAUUUCUUAUUAUUUGUAAUCAAUAUAAUUUUCAAGAUCAAAACCAAAGUAAUUCAUUAUAUAAUACCAGAAACAAAAAAAAUUUAUUAAAAAAUACCAAAUUCAAUCAUAUUAAUUAUCAUAAAGAUCAAAUUGUUUGGUCACCUUUUUUUUUUGAAGGUAAUGAACUUUCAGUUUUGGAUUCAAUCCAGAAAUUUCUUCAUCCAGAAGAAAAAAUUAAUAAUCUUAAGAAAAUACUUUUACCUCUAUUUCAAUCUUAUCCAAAAAUCUUUUAUCUUAUUUCAGAAUUACUUGAACUUGAUCCUAAUAAAAGAUGUUCUUGUAUUCAAGCCUUUCAAAUACUUGAAAAAUUUAUUUAA